AUGGCCGAGAGACAGUUCAAUCGGAGGUACAAGCGUGAAUAUGAGUAUGAAUAUAAUGCAAUGAAGAGUUUGGAUCAUCUGAAUUCGUUUUUGUAUAAAUUAUGGAAGCUAGUUAACGACGAAAAUCUUUCUUCAAUACAUUGGAGUGGUGACGGCGAGAAAGUUGUCAUCGAGCAUCCUGCCGAGUUUACAGCUGAUGUUUUAAAUGCAAGUGAUAAAAAGCAUUUCAAAACACAAAAUAUUGCAAGUUUCAUCAGGCAACUCAAUUUGUAUGGAUUUCGUCGUGUCAAAGAUAACUGUGGAAAAAUCCCAUUGGUUUUCAAACAUGAAAAUUUCAAGCAGCACCGUCAAGAUCUUUUAGUUCAAAUAAAAAGAAAGAAACCUAAAUCGCAAGCUUUACCAAUGAUACGACCGUCGUUACCAACACUUCACAGUAAAGAUGUAUCACUAAAACCAAAUAUUUUUCAACCUGGCAGAUCUCCUUCGUUCCCUCCUUACCCCGGCUUGUCAACAUGCCAGCCGUACUCUUACUUCAAUAACACAAUGGCAGGAAAAAAUAUUUCAAUGCCCUAUGUAACACCAUUUGCUGUCAACCAUGGUCCGACUUUUAUCAAUUUGGGAUCACACUCCACAGUAUAUAAUAAGUCACAAUCAUCAGCCCCGUUUACCUUAAAAAAGGUUGUUGAAGAUGGUUUCAGUGACAAUAACGAUUCCUGUAAAUGUCCCAACGAGUCAGAGUUGAAUCAUAAUUUAGAGCAAGAAGUUACAGGUUUGGAUAGCAAGAAGUUGGGAGUAAGCCCAAAUUCUUACCAGCAGCCAUCAUUUAUGUCUGCUCACGGCAGUUACCAAAAAUAUCGAUCGUCCUGCUUUGAAAGUAACAUCUUUUCAACUCCACCAAGAAAAUAUCCAAAUCUCAGUGAUGGUAUGUCCUACAACAACGCAUUUUUUAGCAAAUCGUUUCAGCCUUGUUCGCCAUAUCCUUCCACACAGUUUUCCCCAUCAAUUUAUUCGUCUGGCAUACAAAAUCCGAAUGAUUUCAUUCCUCAAUUCCCAAGAAAGGAGGAAGAUCACCUUGGCAAUUCAACUACACCAACCACAAGGGGUGAAAAUGCAAUGUUGGAAUCGCUCAGUGUGAUUGCUUCUCAGUUGCCUAAGAGAACUUAA